AUGACCCAACCAUUGAGGGUACGCAGCAGCAAACCACCCCUUCCCCCUCUACCGCCGCCGCAGCAAUUGAUUGAUAUUCUGGUAGAUUCGUACCGCAAGCAGUGCAUGGUAGACGAUGAGGUGGCGCUUCUCGACGUGCUAGACACAGCUGGCCAGGAGGAGUACUCGGCGAUGCGGGAGCAAUACAUGCGCACCGGCGAGGGUUUUCUCCUUGUCUACUCGAUCACAUCCCGCGAGAGCUUCGAAGAGAUCAGGACCUUCCAACAGCAGAUCCUGCGCGUCAAGGACAAGGACGUUUUCCCCAUGGUGGUCGUCGGCAACAAGCUUGAUUUGGCGAGCGAGCGCAAGGUCUCGGUUGAAGAGGGCAAGAUGCUGGCAGACGAGUUCAACUGCUCCUUCCUCGAGACAUCGGCCAAGACCAACACGAACGUCGAGCCGGCCUUUUUCGAGGUCGUCCGGGCGAUCAGGAAUUACAACCGCGAGAUGCAGGGCGGGCCGACCAUUGGUGGCGGUCUUUCUCACAACGGCGGCGGCAUGGGCAAGAUGGACAUGGCCGACGACGACGCGCAGGCGGGCUGCUGCUCCAAGUGCGUGCUCAUGUGA